AUGCAGUCAGUGACGUCGGGCGCAUUCCCCCGGCCCCCGGGGCACUACUAUCGGCGCCGCCAAGUAGACCCGACAGCGCAACACCAGUUGCCAGCGCCAGCGCCAGGCCCAUCAACGUCGCCGUACCCGCGGUUCUAUGACUCGGCUUCGGGGUCGCCCGCAGAGAGCGGUACCUUGCCCGAUGCCCCGCCGCUGGGGUCGAUGCCGGGGAACGCGGGCCUCUACCAAACCAGCCCCGUUGGCCACCAGCAGCCGAGUCCCGGGCAGCUGCAGCAGAAGCGAGCAUAUCGCCAGCGCAGGAAAGAUCCCAGCUGCGAUGCAUGUCGCGAGCGUAAAGUGAAAUGCGACGCCUCCGAGUCGCAUAGCUGCUCUGAAUGUAAGAACCGUGGCGUGCAGUGCCAGUUCACCAAGGAGACCAACCGCCGCAUGUCAUCCAUCAAGCAAGUCCAGGAUUUGGAGAAACAACUCCACACCACCAAGCACCAGCUGCAACAAUUGCGAUCGGGCAUGCUCCGGCCCGAUAAUCAGAUGGACGUCGACGAAUCUGCUGUUCAGCCGGUGAUUAAGCUUCCCGAAAUUGAAUACCGCUCCACGCGCCGGCUGAAAGCACCCAUUGCCCAAGACUUGUCCGGCGUGCGGUCAAACCUGCGCCGUUACGGUCGUGGUCUUCUGAAGGCACCCAACCCGUACCAGCAGGAGGGUGCCAAGUCUCUAUAUUUCAGCUGCAUCCACCUAGUACUUCCGGUCCUCCACUGGCCCUCCUUUGUUGCGGAUUACGAGAAGGUUUAUCGGUCGGGCUCGCUGCUGGGCGUUUCGAGCGAAUGGGCUGCCGUGCUUUUUGGUGUGUUCGCAUGUGGUGCCAUCCACACGCUUGAACCAAACCGCGAAGAGGAGGGCAAGAAAUAUGUGCGCAUUUCCUGCGGGAUUAUCGAUGUCUGGCAGGACAAUUUCAACCUGGAUCGAGCACGAGCCGCUUUACUGGCAAGCAUCUUUCUAUACGAAGUCAACUCGAAGUCGGCUAGCUGGGUGUGGAUCGGCUCGGCAGUACGUGUGGCCCAAGAAAUUGGACUUCACAUCGACUCGGGGCCGUGGCCUGCCGUGGAAGGAGAGAUGCGCAAGCGCCUGUGGUGGGGCUUGUACACCUGGGACCGGUUACUUGCCCUCGAGAUGGGAAAGCCGGUUUUGAUCAACGACCAAGACUGCGACAUCGACCUGCCGUGUCCAUUGGAUGAGCAGUAUAUGACAGAAGGAAGCAAAAUCCCCGAGGGCCCGCAGACUACGCCGCUGCUGGCAACGAUCCAUGUCGUCCGCUCCAUCGGCCAGCUCACCCGCACCCUGCGAUCAUCUGCUAUCAGCCCGGCGACGCUCGAGACCUUCGAGCGGCAUUUUAAUACUUGUCUCGCAACCUUCCCCGCCCAAUCCCAUCCACAGACCGACCAAGACCUCGACCCACGCUCGCUCGCCCCGAUAAUUUAUCUCCAAAACGCCCGCCUCCUGCUCUACCGUCACAACAUUUCCCCCUUCUGCCCGGAAGCCGUGCGCGCCUCGGCAAAGGAUUAUAGCGUCUCCACGGCGCUCGACACUGCCCAUAUUCUGUCACGCACUAUGCGGAUCCAUCCCACUUCUGCUGGAGGGAGCGACUGGCGGCCCGCCUUCGCAUCCUGCGCAGGCACGCUGCUCUGCACGCAUGUCUGGCGCUGUGCGCUCCUUCUCCUUUUCAGACAAGAAUUCGCCUCAGCCCUGGUCUGCGUCCAAGCGGGCGCAGCCAUCGGCGAUGCCCGAGCCAUCAAUGCCGCAUGCGGGCGCUACCUGGGAUUCUUCUUGCGCAGCCUUCUCGACCGCAUGCGCCGCACCGACCUGGGCGAUCUGGACCACGACGAGGAACUGAUGGCCUAUGUAUCGGGCGAUAUGCAGGGCACCAGCGACGGCAAUUGGGUCUGGCAGGGCAGCGAGACCAGCUCGCAGCUGGGCGCCAUGUCCCCCCCAACAGCAGGCUCUGGUGCCGAGGGCCAGCGCACGUCUCAGGAGCCGGAUCCCGAGUGGCUGAGCUGGGACUGGAUCGAGAAUACCGUCCAGCAUCUUCUUGUGGACCAGCGUCAGAGGGCCUAUGAUCAGCCAUCCGCUCCCAUACCUCAACCCAAGGAAUCGGCAGCGGUCACUCCCGAAGCGCCCGCUUCAGAUAAUACUGAGCAGCGGACCAGCUCGGUCCACUCACGCAUGACGAUUGCUAGUAUUAUUUGA